CGAAGCUUAGUUUAUAUUCGAAUGCGGAUGAGACUGAAGUAUCUUUCAUUUUAUGAUUCGUAUAAACUACGCACUAUUCAGAUACAUGCUCGGGGUCAAUUAAUCUUCUACUUUUUUUGUCGGAUUUAAUCCCAUCGAAGUCGAGCGAGUGAACGCGUAAAUAAGAGCUCAUCUCGCACCUUUGUUUUUAGGCAGAGUGAAAUUUAAAUAAUUAAAUCGUGACGGACGUUAAAUUUCGCAUAAAACAAUAAAUCCGUUCUUUGACGGAACAACGACAACGACGACGACGCGUAAUCAUAGGUGUCAAUUCGUUUCGACUCCAUUUUACAUAUGCACACAAAGCUUCAUCCAAAAAAUAAAAGCGGCUAAAUCAAGCAAAAUCUACGUUAGAUAAAAAAAAACACUAUGUCACGCUUGAGAAAAGCAGCGACAUCUCUUGUCAAGCGAUCUUCAUUUUCUGCUGCUUCAGCAACUAUCGAAAUUCCCAGACAAAUUGACACAGAAAAAUCCACUAAGAGUGCAAAAACAGCAGAAGAUGUCACCAAAAGGCCAUUAGAAGAUAACAUCAGUCAUGCACGACCAUACACUGAUAUACCUGGUCCUUGGGAGAUGCCAAUCCUCGGUAAUUCAUGGAGAUUUGCACCUUUGAUUGGCCAUUACAAGAUCAACGAACUGGAUAAAGUCAUGAAAGAAUUGCACUUUAACUAUGGAAAAAUGGCCAAAGUCGGAGGUCUAAUCGGUCAUCCGGAUUUGCUCUUUGUAUUUGAUGGUGACGAGAUCCGGAAUGUGUUCAAAAAAGAGGAAGCCUUACCUCACAGACCAUCAAUGCCAUCCUUGAAGCACUACAAAGGACAAUUGCGUAGAGAUUUUUUUGGCGACGUUGCUGGUUUAAUUGGAGUUCAUGGAAAAUCAUGGGAAACUUUUCGUCAGGAAGUACAGCACAUCCUGCUACAGCCCAACACAGCAAAAAAGUACAUUCCUCCACUUAAUGAAAUUGCGUCAGAAUUCAUGACAAGAAUCCAUGAGAUGCGCAAUGAAAAUGACGAACUACCCGGAAAUUUCCUACACGAACUUUACAAAUGGGCACUUGAAUCUGUCGGUCGAGUUUCAUUGGACACUCGCCUCGGAUGUUUAUCCCCCGAUGGAAAUGAGGAUUCCAAAAAAAUAAUCAAUGCAAUCAAUACGUUCUUCUGGGCAGUACCCGAACUUGAGUUGCGAAUGCCAAUUUGGCGUUUCUAUCCGACCAAAGCGUAUCGUUCCUUCGUUUCGGCUCUUGACAGUUUUACAGAAAUCUGCAUGAAGAACAUCAGCUUGACCAUGGACAGGGCACACAGCCGAACGGAUGUUCGGGACGAGGCUGAUAUUUCAAUUGUCGAACGAAUUGUUAAUAAAACCGGCAAUCACAAAUUGGCCGCCAUUCUUGCGUUGGAUUUAUUUUUAGUUGGAGUCGAUACGACUUCGGUGGCAGCUUCUUCGACAAUCUAUCAGUUGAGUAAGAAUCCCGAUAAACAAGAGCUGCUUUUCGAAGAGUUGAAGUCAAUAUUUCCCAAUCGGGAGGCGGAAAUAAAUCAAAACGUCUUAGAGCGGAUGCCAUAUUUGCGGGCAUGCAUUAAGGAGACUCUAAGAAUGUACCCUGUGGUUAUUGCCAAUGGAAGGAGUCUUCAAUCGGAUGCGGUCAUUGGAGGAUAUCAAGUUCCGAAGGGGACUCAUGUGAUUUUUCCACAUCUAGUUGUGUCCAACGAUACAACAUAUUUUCCAGAGCCAAAACGUUUCAUGCCCGAACGUUGGAUGAAGCAAAUUCAACCAAGCGUUACAUGUCCACAUGCUGGUCAGAAAAUUCAUCCAUUUGUGAGUUUGCCCUUUGGAUUUGGACGACGAAUGUGCGUUGGUCGGAGAUUUGCUGAAAUUGAAUUAAAUACCAUUUUAGCCAAGAUAUUCCGGAAGUACAAAGUGGAAUACAAUUCCGGCGAAUUGGUCUAUAAAGUGAACUCAACGUACAUCCCAGAGUCACCGUUGAAUUUUAAAUUGACACUAAGGGAGGAAUAGUGACUAAUCUAUAUGUGUACAGUACAUGUAUCUAUGAACGUCCUAUAUGUAUAAUGCCUCGAGACAAAAACAGAAAAAUAAUACACACAAAAAAAAAACACCCUACACUUAAACUGAAUUUGCGAAAAGGGUACAAUUUCGACGCAUUUUCAGCAACGACGACAGCUUGGAAUGAGUGAUAGACAUGUCGUCGCCACUGCCGUUGCCGUUGCCGAGCCGCCCCCGUCCGACGCUACCAUAGUCUUCGUCAGUCGUUUUAUUUAUUUGUAUUUCAAUUAAGUAUUUUUUUAUGUAUCUUUUUGUAUAUGUAUAUAAAUGUAUAUUUCGUAUAGAUAAGAUGGUAUUAUUAUGUUAAAAAAAAAGA